AUGCGAGCACAAAAUGGUGAUGUCAGCAGAAGGUGUGAUAAAAGCAAAAUUGCUGACAUUUCCAAAAACUGUGUUGACAACCAAAAGUUGGUCACUCCCUCCAGUGCCGAAUCCCCAAAGCUUGGUCUUCAUAAUGACAUCUCCCCAACGUCAGAUGACUGUGGUCAGUUUUCAGGCUGCUCGACUCCAGACCAUCAAGUCUCUGGCCAGAGCAACACAAUUGAUGAAGACCAACUCAGAUUGGCUUGCGAACAUAUAAUCGAGCAACAGCAGAAGGCAUGGCUUGCCUUUAAAAGAGCUAAAAGGAAUGGACGCCGUUCUUUGACUAGGCAGGCCCUGGACGUCGAGAGACACCCUCUGAAAGAAAGUCCUAUCUCAAACACAAGUGAUAACGUAAUUAGCAUACACUGCAAGAAUGAAGCAGCAUCUCUGAAGGCAAGUAAUACCUGUGAAGAAGGGCAUAUAAGUUCAGAACAGUUUGAUUCAGGACAUGGUUCAUCUGAAGAGCAUGAAAUAGUCUCCAAGACUGAAUGGUUUCCCAGUGCAGGAAACACAAAUUCAUGUAUAUCAAUAAGUCGACCUCAUUAUCGCUAUCACAUGCGCCGACAAAAAGGUCACUGUCCCGGGCCAAAGCCACAAACUAGCUUGGAUUCUGUUCCCUCACCUCUAGAGGCAGUAACAGCAACAAUGAAAACAACUCUGGGUGAACAGAGACGAUCACCAAAAGAUAACAGCUCAGAAUUCUUUAAACAGUCUUCCUUCAUGGCUGUGUAUUCUCAGGCAACAAAAUCCAAAAACGAAUUGUUAUUGGAAGCCAACUCUUCUUCCUCUCCUUCCCAAUUUCUAUCUUCUGUGUCUUCCCAUGUCUGCUCAGGUCUCACUUCCUGUUCCUCUUCUUCUUUCUCCUCAACUGUUGAUAUUCAGCAAGUCAUGACAAACUGCUCUCCAGUAACACUUGAAUCUGCUUGCAUGGUUAGCUCUGUUCUUAUCUAUCUAUCUAUCUAUCUAUCUAAAUUUAUCUAUCUAUUAUAUCUCUGUCUGUUCUUAUCUAUCUAUCUAUCUAUCUAUCUAUCUAUCUAUCUAUCUAUCUAUCUAUCUAUCUAUCUAUCUAUCUAUCUAUCUAUCUAUCUAAGUUCCUUGUGUAAUAAAAUCAUUCUGAUCAACAAUAAACACGCGCGCGCACACACAUACGCACGCGCGGUCAUUGUUUAUCUAUCUAUCUAUCUAUCUAUCUAUCUAUCUAUCUAUCUCAUUUUGUUCAUAUCUAUCUAUCUAUCUAUCUAUCUAUCUAUCUAUCUAUCUAUCUAUCAAAACACCUUUCUUUCUCUCUCUCUCUCUCUCUCUCUCUCUCUCUCUCAUACAUACAUACAUGAGAGUGAGAGAGUGAGAGCGAGGGAAUUUCCUUGUAUUUUCUUUCUCAUACCGGGGUAA